GCGCACGGCAAGGGCAGUUUACGAAAAUCAACUAUUAGAUCUCUAGAGAAGAAAUUUUACUCGUACAUCAGGCAGCAAAUCACCUCUAAAGUUAGUACACCAAACAUUUUACGGAACAGUAAUGGGCAAUCUGUGGCACGUUCUAAAGACAUAAAGAGUAAAGUUGCGGAAGUAUUCGCAGAACAUUUUUCUAAUGUAUUUGAAAGAGAACCACUAGAAGAACUUCCUGCGCUUGACCCAAACCUAAGAGCAACUGAAGUUAUGGAGGACAUCAUGUUCACAGAAUCCAAAGUACAAGCUGCUAUCAAAGAAAUGAUUAUAGACUCUUCACCUGGCCCCGACGAAAUACCCGUACAUGUUUUAAAGAACUGCGGGAUUGAUAGUUACCUAGCAUCAGUAAUGCAAAAAUCAUACGACAAAGGAGUUUUGCCUUAUUUAUGGAAAACGGCUUUAGUGACUCCUGUUUACAAAAAGGGAAACAAAUUAGAUCCUGCAAAUUAUAGACCGAUAAGCUUAACUAGUGUGGUGUGCAAAGUCAUAGAAAAGAUAAUAGUUAAGCACAUGAGACAGUUCCUUAACAAACAACAAACUAUUGGUAAACAGCAACAUGGUUUCUAUCCUCAUAGAUCAACGAUUUCCAGCUUGAUGUCUUGCUUAUCAUCCUGGGUCAACAGUCAAAAUGAUCGAGAACCAAUAGAUGUUAUAUAUCUGGAUUACGAAAAAGCUUUUGAUAAAGUACCAAUAGGCAGGCUAUUACAUAAAUUGGAAUAUGUUGGGGGUAUGAUAAGGGAUGUAAGUUAUUAUGGGCCCUAUAUGGAUUUUCUGUAG